CGCUCUGCCGGGCUUCCCAGAAUGCACCAGUGCUGCCUUCCGUCCGGCAGGGGGCCGCCGCCAUCUUGUGUUCGGGGUGUCUCGGCGCGUGAGCGGGGCCGCCAGCCAUGGAGACAGAUGAUACUGGAAAUCGACUUCGGUUCCAACUGGAGUUGGAAUUUGUUCAGUGUCUGGCAAACCCCAAUUACCUAAACUUCCUUGCACAGAGAGGGUACUUCAAAGACAAAUCUUUUGUAAAUUAUCUUAAAUAUUUACUUUACUGGAAAGAACCUGAAUAUGCCAAAUACCUAAAGUAUCCUCAGUGUUUGCACAUGUUAGAGCUGCUCCAAUAUGAACACUUCCGUAAAGAACUGGUAAAUGCUCAGUGUGCUAAAUUUAUUGAUGAGCAACAGAUCCUUCACUGGCAGCAUUAUUCACGGAAAAGAAUGCGUCUCCAGCAAACACUGGCAGAGCAGCAGCAACAGAACAAUACUUCUGUAAAAUGAGAGCGUUUGACACAGUGGCAACAUUUACUUCAUGUCAAUACAUGUAUUUGCAAGGGAAAAUUUGACUUAUUUUUGUAGCUUUGGCAUUAGUGAUAUACAUAACCUCAUGUGCUAUGUAGACAGAGAACGUUUUUGGUUUAUCAACAGGUAGUAUCCACGUUAACAUGAUGUAGCUGAUGUAUACUUUGUUGAACCUUCAGUGAUGGUUUUGUUUUUUUCCGAAGAAAGAGUACAGUCUUAAGAUCACUUUUGGCCUUCAUGCAUGUAUCUAUUGUGAAAACUAAAUGUGGUUAUUUAAGGUCCCUGUUACCUUGGUAUCUAACCAUGGAGUUACUGAAAGAAUUUGUAGUUGAAAAGCCUGUGUUUGAAGGCAUAUUCUCUGAACUGCAGCGUGUGGAGGACAGUGGCAUGGUAUAAGGUGACUCUACAAGCAGGGCUAAGAGUCCCCAUGUGAUGCGGAGAGGUAUUUGUCACAAGGGCAAGGUAUCCACAAUUGAAAUGAGAUCUGUUACAGAAAACCUUAAUUGUGCACAUAACCAUAUUGAAGCAGAGCUGUCCUAUGGCUGAUGCUGCACUUCUGUUUGUCUGUUAACGAUUUGUUGUUUACUGCCCUUGCUGUAAACUUAAUGCAGAUUUGCUGAUACCAAAAUUUGAGGCAUAAACCAAAGUGGUGAGAAUAAUAGAGGUUGCAGCUGAUGAGGGGAGAUUAGUACUAACAACUGAGAAGCCCUUUCAGUGGGAAAUAACCAGUGCAGACACAAAACAGGAGAGAGAAACUGUGACAGUUGUACCCAUUCAGUUAUCUUGUCUCUUUAGCGUCAGCAAGCUUGACCAGUUGCUGCUAGGAAAGCUUAAAGGGAGUAAGUAUAUUUCAGGUAGUUGUAAAUGUUUUUAAGACUUGUAUAUGAAAGGUCAUAGGUAGAGAAGUAUUUAUCUUUAAUAUGACUGUUUUUAUUACAAGAAGGUGACAACCCUACAGACACCAAUUAAAGCCUUAAUAAAAAAGAAAUAGGUUAUUACACAGUUGUUGUAAGUUAUCCCUAACUGUAGAAGAAAGGCAGGGAUUAUACUUUUUCUUCCUGGCCAUUAAUUGAAGUGAAUGUCAGUUAUAAAGAGUAAAGUUCUGACACUAGAAGUAGAAAGUGAAGUGGUUUUUAUUUUUCAUGGACUUUGAUGUUACUUUUCAGCAAGACUGUGGCUGUUGUUGAAACUAUAUUUAAUAAAAAAUAAUAAAGCUUU